UCUUCUGUGUCGGACACAAACGUGCAGAAAUCAAAACUUCUCUGAAUCUGUCAAAGACCUGUAGCGCCCCCCAGAGGUCAUGAGUGUGAACAGCUGGUGUGUGUGUGUGUGUGGUCUGCGGUGAUUUUCAGCGCUCGCCGUGUGACGUGUCUCUAUGGAUGGGGGUGUGGUCAGUGGUUUUGGAUGAUCUGUUGAUGAAACGUUGAGGUUUUGUACGUGAGUGAGGGUCUCAGACGAUGAUUGAUGAUGUGAGGAGACCCUCGAGGAUCACGUGUCUGACUCUGAAGAACAGUCUGUUGUUUCAUCUGCACGUUGUUUCCAUUUGAUCGUUUUCUCAAAUGUCGUUAAAAAUCACCAAACUGAGCGGCUGCGUUUCAGAUCGACGAGGAGCAUCAGACUCAGAUCGAGCUGGAGAUCAGCCUCAUCACCACCUGGAAGGACACGCAGGUACCAGAGUCACCUGACCGCCUCACCGCCACUGUGAGGGAGCGUACUGAGGUGUUAACGUGUGUGUGUGUGUGUGUGUGUGUGUGCGCAGCUGUCUCAGGCCGGUGACCUCAUCAUCGAAGUCUACCUGGAGAUGAAGAUCCCUGACUGCUGCAUCACUCUCAAAGUCAGUCUGCAGACACUCUGAUGAUUCUCUUAACGAGCACCUGCCGCUUCGUUAACGAGCGGCAGGCGAGUCCUGAGCUUUGUGUGACCUUUGACCCCGCAGGUGUCUCCCACCAUGUGCGCCGAGGAGCUGACCAAUCAGGUGCUGUUCAUGAGGAACGUCCCGGCCGGAGACAGAGACGUGUGGAUGACGUUUGAGGCCAUCGAGGACGGACAGCUGGGUAGGACACAGAACCUGAACACCUGUCUCUGUGGGACUCACCUGUGCGGGUGAGUUCAGGGUCCCUCCCUCCCUCCCCCCUGACUGUCGUGUUGUUGUUGGUGUCGCUGCAGAGCGUCCGCUACACCCCAAAGAGAAGGUGCUGGAGCAGGCGCUGCAGUGGUGCAAGAUGGCCGACCCGAGCUCCGCCUACCUGGUGGUGAAGAGAGUCCCUAAAGGAGAGGGCAUCAACAUCCUCACCUGUAGGUCACGCACACACACACACACACACACACGAAGUCUGCUCCUGAAUCCAUGGUUGGAGAUCAUUGACCUUUGACCUGGAGGUCAUGCCGUCAGGGUCGCUAACCUCUGACCGUCUCCGUCCAACAGCCUACAAGAGCGAGAUCAUGAAGGUCGGUCUGCUCAAGUGUCGGGAGGAACCUCCAAAACUGCUGCAGGGAAACCGCUUCCAGGAGAGAAGCUUCCAGAUCAAAGAGCACAAACUGCUGCUGCUCAAGGACAAGAAGGUCCAACACACACACUUACGAGAGUGAACACAUGAACACAUGAGAGUGAACACAUGAGAGUGAACACAUGAACACAUGAGAGUGAACACAUGAGAGUGAACACAUGAGAGUGAAAACAAGAGAGUGAACACAUGAGAGUGAACACAUGAACACAUGAGAGUGAACACAAGAAAGUGAACACAUGAACACAUGAGAGUGAACACAUGAGAGUGACCGUGAACACAUGAGAGUGAACACAUGAGAGUGAACACAUGAGAGUGAACACAUGAACACAUGAGAGUGAACACAGUGAACACAUGAGAGUGAACACAUGAACACAUGAGAGUGAACACGAGUGAACACAUGAGAGUGAACACAUGAGAGUGAACACAAGAGAGUGAACACAUGAGAGUGACCAUGAACACAUGAGCGUGAACACAUGAGAGUGAACACAUGAACACAUGAGAGUGAACACAUGAGAGUGAACACAUGAACACAUGAGUGAAGCAUGAGAGUGAACACAUGAGAGUGAACACAUGAACACAUGAGAGUGAACACAUGAGAGUGAACACCUGAGAGUAAAAACAUUAACACAUGAGAGUGAACACAUGAGAGUGAACACCUGAGAGUAAAAACAUUAACACAUGAGAGUGAACACAUGAGAGUGAACACAUGAACACAUGAGAGUGAACACAUGAGAGUAAACACACAUGAGAGUGAACACAUGAACACAUGAGAGUGAACACAUGAGAGUGAACACAUGAACACAUGAGAGUGAACACAUGAACAUAUGAGAGUAACCAUGAACAUAUGAGAGUGAACACAUGCGAGUGAGCACAUGAGAGUGAACACAUGAGUGAACACAUGAACACAUGAGUGAACGCAUGAGAGUGACCAUGAACACAUGAGCGUGAACACAUGAGAGUGAACACAUGAACACCUGAGAGUGAACACAUGAGAGUGAACACAUGAGUGAACACAUUAACACCUGAGAGUGAACACAUGAGAGUUAACAUGAACACACGAGAGUGAACACACGAGAGUGAACACAUGAGAGUGAACACAUGAACACAUGAGAGUGAACACAUGAGAGUGAACAAAUGAACACCUGAGAGUGAACACAUGAACACAAGAGAUCACAAUCCAGGUCUGUAACUGUUCCUGUUCUUGUUCAGAGCAUCAAGCCGGAGAAGGAGUGGUCUCUGAAGUCCAUGAAGAUCUACAUCGGGAUUCGCAGGAAACUCAAAGCUCCAACCAGGUCACACACACACACACACACACACUCACACACACACACACACACACACACACACACACACACACUCUCACACACACACACACACACACACACACACACACACACACACACACACACACACACACACACACACACACACACACACACACACACACACACACACACACUCUUGGUACUCACUCUGUGUGUGUGUGUGACCUGCUCUCUGAUGAUCUAACAGUAAAUGUCUCACCUGUCCCCUCCCCUUUAGGUGGGGCUUCACUGUGAUGUCAGACAAACACCAGCUGUGAGUAUUCCUCUGACCUCUGACCUCUUAGACCUGAUCUCUGGUUUAACAGGACGAGUUUAAAAACACCUGAACAGAAGCUGCUGUAACAAACGGAGAAAACGCUCCUUCUUCUUCUCCUCCUUCUUCUUCUUCUCUUCUUUCUUUUCCUCCUCCUCCCCAUCCUCCUCCUUCUCCUCCUCCUUCUUCUCCUCCUCCUCCUCCUCCUCCUCCUCCUUCUUCUUCUUCAGGUUCCUGUGCUGCAGCUGUGAAGCCGAGCUCUGGGAUUGGAUCACCAGCUUCCUCAAAGCUCAGGUCAGAUCAUCUCUCUGAUCAGCUGACGGGGUCAUGUUCAUGUCUGACCUUCAAACACUCUGAAUUCACUGAACUUUAGUCAGUCUGUGUUUGACCUUUCCUGACCUUUCCUAAAGUCGAGUCAGCGUUCGUCUUAAAACAGCCGACUCAGCCGCUCGUGCGUUGGCGUGUUUACAUCGUUCAGACUUUAGUUCGGACAUCUUUACACCCGAGCUGAGAUCAGAGCUCAUUUACACAUUUUUUACAGCAUUAUCAUUACGUCUCCGUUCUUCCACACAUGUUUUGCAUUCAUACACUAGAGGGCGCCGCUCAGACCCCAAAGUUAGAAGAGCCAAAAGUUUCUGAAAACAAACGUGAGGAGGAGAAAAUAUUAACGACAUGUCCGUUAGGAAAAAUCAGAGACACUUCAGAGGAAUGAACUCAAGCUCCCAGCAUCCUCUGGGGCUCAGACGAUGACACUGUCCUGCUCUCUCUCUCUCUCUCUCUCUCUUCUUCUGUGGUUAUUUUCCAGAACGAUGACCCCGGUCCUCCGGUGCUGAGGCGUCACUCCUCCUCCGAUAUCUCCAAACAGAAGUUCGGCACGAUGCCGCUCGUCCCGAUCAGAGGAGACGAGAGCAACAGCAGCCUGCUGUCGGCCAAUCAGACGCUGGUUAGACUCACCUUUGAUUUCUCACCUGUGGAUCGAUUCACAUGUUUAAAGGUCGACUCUCAGUCUUUGCAUGAUGGGUAAAACUCUGAGGAUUUGAUGAAGAUGUGAAGGUUCACUGACCCAGCUGAUCUUCAUGUUUUCAUCUACUCCUGAUUUAUCCUCAUGUUGGUCUGAAAGUUACGAUCAGCUGAUGUCACAGGAAGUUUAAAGAUUUAUUCAUAACUAAAAAAAGUUGAAUUUCUGCCGAUUCUUCACUGAUUCUCCUUUUUCUCUGCAGAGAAAGCUUCAUGACAGACGGACCCUCUCCAUGUACUUUGUGAGUUUUUUUUUUACUGAAGAUCAAAAUCUGAGAAAUCUGAGCGGCUGAGAGAAAUGUUGAUUAAAAACCUGAUUCUGAGGGUUCAAAGGUCAUUCAGCCGACAGUCGACUGAAAAUGGUGCAAAGUUCUGAUGGAGGAGCAACCAAACAAGUUCUGAUAUAAGGGUUAGUCACAUGACUGGGUCUUAGACGGAUCUUCAGAGAGGCGGAGUCUCUCAGAGGUUCAGGACUCUGUGAAAGACCGCGUGAGGGAACAGCUCAACAGUUUCAGAAUAAAGUUCCUGAGUGAUUUCAUCGUCUACAGAAGAUCAGAUCAUUCAAAGACUAAACCUCCAACUUCCACCUUCAUCCUGAUCAUCUCCUUAAAGGUCGUAUCCUCCGAUCGUAGCUGAUCGUAAACAUUCAAGUUAACGUGUCGAUUUACACCGACUUCUUUCCGUUCCUCUACGGAUCGCCGGACUCCUCAGCUGAUCACAAGAGUUCUAGUUUUUCUGGACGCCGGAGCAUGGCGGAUAAAUUCAGCACAGAUGAACCCGUGCUGGAAAGGAAGUCGGGCACAGACACAAAAUAAAACAUCCGGCUUCUUUUCAAAAUAAAACACUCCGUGUUUCAGGAGGAUCGUAUUUCACACCAUGCAAACGGGCGGAGACGAACAAGUGAAAGGUUUUUAGACGUCAUUUCACCCCGAUGACACCAUGGAUGAGGAGAUGCUGAUUCUAGAAGUCUAGAAGUAGAUUUCCUCCUCUGGAAGGACACAAUCUACUGCUUAUAUGUCUAUGUGUCUGUCUUUAGAGAGACGACUCGUUAUCGUGGGAUUGAACGUGAAUCUGCGGGUUCUUGUGAGUUCUCGUGAUUACCGCUGUCCGUAAUCCGCCAUGAAAUUCGCCUCACAAACGGAUCAAGUAAGAAUUGGCGGAUGAUGAACAUCGCCAAUGUUCUGGAUCGGAGGCUUUCCAGAUUCGGUGUAAAUUGGGGGUUAGAGGAUCUGGAGAACUCUCUAUACUAAAGGGGAACAGGGACCAAAACUAGGACUAGAUGGUCCUGAUCUUCAGGGCAUAAAAACAGACAGGAUUCUGGAGUGGGAGUCACCGCAUGGACUCAGAAUUCUAAAGUAUUUAGUCUUUUCACCAUCUUCAGUUAAAUUCAGACUUUAUUUGAUUCACAAUAAUCAGGUUAUCAACAUUUCAUGACGCCUGAACUCUCAGAUUUGAGGUUUUGUAGUUUUGUGUUUUUGUAGUUUUGUGUUUUUGUAGUUUUGUGUUUUUGUAGUUUUGUGUUUUUGUAGUUUGUGUUUUUGUAGUUUUGUGUUUUUGUGUUUUUGUAGUUUUUUUCGUAGUUUUGUGUUUUUGUAGUUUGUAGUUUUGUGUUUUUGUAGUUUGUGUUUUUGUAGUUUUGUGUUUUUGUGUUUUUGUAGUUUGUGUUUUUGUAGUUUUGUGUUUUUGUAGUUUGUGUUUUUGUAGUUUGUGUUUUUGUAGUUUUGUGUUUUUGUAGUUUUGUGUUUUUGUAGUUUGUGUUUUUGUAGUUUUGUGUUUUUGUAGUUUUUGUGUUUUUGUAGUUUGCAGUUUUGUUUUUUUGUAUUUUGUGUUUUUGUAGUUUUGUUUUUGUAGUUUGUGUUUUUGUAGUUUUGUGUUUUUGUAGUUUGUUUUUGUAGUUUGUGUUUUUGUGUUUUUGUAGUUUUGUGUUUUUGUAGUUUUCUUUGUAGUUUGUGUUUUUGUAGUUUGUGUUUUUGUGUUUUUGUAGUUUUGUGUUUUUGUAGUUUGUGUUUUUGUAGUUUUGUGUUUUUGGAGUUUGUGUUUUUCUUCCAGUACCAGUUUGUACUUCUUCUCCUGUCGUGUCGUUUCUGGAUCUUUGUGAGCACUAACUCCUGGUAUGGACUAAUCUGAUCUUCUCUCUGUGGACCUGCAGCCCAUGAAGGUGCAGCAGGACUCGUUCGAGGAGCGCCCUGAGUCUCCGGACCUCCCUGAGCCCCUAUACGAGGAAGUCGGGGACUUCGGCCUGCAGGUCCUUAAAUCUCUGGAGACCAGCUUCCUGUCUAACAGCACCUCUGAGACCCAGGAGGUCCUGGACCAGCCGCCACUCAGACUGGUUCCUGUGGACACCGGACACGUGGACCACAUCAUCGUCCCAGACCCCGUCCAGACUGAGGAACCUGAGGAGCAGAACGGAGACAGAGGAGCAGAGAGGAGGAGGAGGAGGACUCAGCUGAUGGGGGUCUGCACACCUUCACAGGAGCUGCUGCUGCAGGAGCUGUCGUCUGCUUUCACCAAGAGGACAGAGGGGGAGGAGGGGGAGGAGAAGGGAGAGGAGGAGGAGAGGGAGGAGGAGGUGCAGAAUCAAGACCAUCGGGAGGAGGAGAAGGAGGAGGAGGAGGAGAGGCCGUAUGAUGUCUAAGAGGAAAAACACUCACAGUUGAACCGUGAUGAGAGGGAAACAGACGAACAGCAGCGAGCUCUGUGAUUGGCUGUGAGAUCACCUGAGGACCACCGCACACCUGAGGAGGGAAGGAGCGUGAAGAGAGACGGAAACUGAUUUUACAUUCCUGUGUGUGUCCUCCUCAUGCUAACGGAGCUCAGACUGAGGCUGACACGCACACACACACACACACAGGUCUAUAUAUAAUGUAACACUGAAGGAAAUAUAAAAUGAGUCUUUGUUUAAGCCCCGCCCAUUAUCCCGCCAACAGUGCCCAUAUGGAAGAACAGAACAAGAACCUAAAACAAAAAAAAACAGAGAAGAAGAAAAACCCAAACCAGUAAAUAUUUACAACUCCAUCAACAACCCAGAGCAUCGAUGAGACGAGGGCGCCGCUGAGCUGCUGACGUGUUUGUGCGAGCUCCCGUCGAACUUCCUCUUAUUUGGCGUUUAUAGACACACUGAACAUUAAAACGUCCUCCAAUCUGCUCUGAAAUAUUCACAAGCAGUGAACUCGAGGCCCAACACUCUUAAUACCCCCGACAAGAGCGUCUCCACCUCGGCUACGGUCAGCUAACGUUAGACCAGAGAUGGAGUCCCUGAAAUCGGAGAUUCUUCUCUCGCUGAAAACUGAAAUUUCGGCGGAGAGAAAAUCCGACGACUUUGACUUCCUUAAAAAUGAGCUACAGGCUUUAAAAACAACACGGCGGUGAUUCACUCGGACAUUGUCGCGUUGUCUUUACUAAGACAGCACGACCUUCAGACCGAGACAAUAACGUCAGAGGAGAAAGAGAAAGAAAGAGAAAGAGAAAGAGGUGGAAACAGCAGAAAAAAACAACAAAUGAGAUUUAAAAUAAACAUCUGAGGAAGAAACACUAAAGAGAUAAAAUCAGUGAAACAGGUGAGAGUAUAAAAACAAUAAAGACCCACUGAGGAGGGCACCAACAUCUGACAACUUUAAAAUAAGACCCUGUUAGAAGACACAGACCUUAACCUGUCUAACACGCCCCCUACUGGACCAGGACGGGUAUUACAAGAAGGGAAACAGUUUCUGCUGGAUAGAUGGAAAAAUGUCUCAACAACACCUGAAACACCUGAGAGAAAUAAGAUCUUUAUGAAGACACACAUGUUGUGUGUGUGUGUGUGUGUGUGUGAGUGUGUGAGUGUGUGAGUGUGUGUGUGUGUGUGUGUGUGUGUGAGUGUGUCUGAUCCUGAGUACCGGUCAGGUUUUGAAGUGAUUUUCUGCUCUGGUUUCUGUGAAGGUUCCUUUAAUAAGACGUCUGUAUGUUAUUUCAUAUUUUAUUCCUGUACAUUAGAUCCAGUUUAAGGUGAAGCAGAACAUGUGAAUGGAUGAAGGAUGAAAACACUCUUAUUGUUAAUCCUGUAUUUUAGUUGUAUAUAAAUAUAAGAAGACGUGUGAGUGAACUGCUGCUCAUUUAACCAACUAUAGAUUCAUUCAUACUUCCUGUUAUCACUCUCAUUAUAUUACAGUCCCUUUAUAUGUUAACUUAUUUUAUAAAACUGCAUUUACACUUUUACACUGUGACCCCUCCCUUUAGAGGAUGUGAUACUCUGGAUGAACAGCAGGUGGCAGCACAUAUCCGUCUGUGUUCAGAGGGGGGAGAACUUACAGCAGUAAAAACAAACUAUGAGAAAUGAAAAAGUCCGUCCACCUGUCAUUAAAAACCUCUGUGAAUGUGGUUAAACUGGUCAGAGUGUGUGUAUAUAGUCCAGUUCUAUAUCUGAUGUACAUUAUUCUAUGAGGAUGAAAUUAAAUAUUAUUCUGUUUUCAUAAUGUU